ACGUCCCUGCAAUCCCGAGCCGGAAGUGAAGACGGAUCCUUCAGGAAAACGACGCGUCGGAUUUAUUCUCAAUCAUCCUUCAUUAUUCUCACUUUCACCGAGCCGACGGUCGCUCACCGACCCCGAUGUGUCGUUAGAGCUUCCCGCGUCGACCAGGCGGGUCCUCGGCCGCUGCGAGAAGACGUCCGAUGGACAAAUGACAGCUGGGCGUGUUUGCGUGCGAAAAAACAGCCCAUUUUCUUCACAGGUCGGUCGAUGAUCACGAAAGAUCACAUGUUACACGGGUUUCUCUUUGGCCUCCACCUCCCAGCUGAUCUGUCCCCACACCAGGCGGUUCAAUGCCGAACACGUCAGAGGGUCAAGGGUCGAACCCCACCGGGCCGCAGCGCUCCCCCAGCGGCUCCCUCGCCCGUGACGCCGCCAUGGCGAGGAGGGCCUCGAGCGCCGAGCUCCAGCUGCCGUGGACCUGCCCGGUCACUCACUCCAGGGAGACGUUCUACACCGUCUGCUCCGAUUACGCUCUCCUCAACCGGGCCCCGAACGCCGUCGGCCCCGACCGCCGGGACGAGGCGCCGUCCGCGGGGCGGGCCGAGGCUGCCGCGGACCUCGGCGCCGGGCAGUCCGGAGGGGCGGCGCACGCGGGCUCGGACGGGGACUGUGACAUGGAGGAGGGGCCCUCCGGUCACGCCGAGCCGAUCCUGGCCUGGGAGAUCGACACCAGGGACUUCAACGCCGUGCUCACGAGAAACAUCCGGACAAGUAAUGUGAUGAAAAGCGGCACCAAGAAGAUGAAGUCCUCGGACAGGCCCAGCAGGAACCUGCAGGACGCUCCUCCUCCCGCCUCGCCGGACGAGGUCCAGCAGAGGAAGGUUCUGGACCUCAGGAGAUGGUACUGCAUCAGUCGGCCACAGUACAAGACGUCGUGUGGGAUCUCCUCUCUGGUCUCCUGCUGGAACUUCCUGUACAGCACCCUGGGUGCGGGAAGUCUGCCCCCCCUCUCUCAGGAGGAGGCUCUGCACAUUCUGGGGUUCCAGCCGCCCUUCGAGGACAUCAAGUUCGGCCCUUUCACCGGCAACGCCACUCUGAUGCGCUGGUUCCGACAAAUCAACGACAACUUCCGCGUGCGAGGCUGCUCCUACAUUCUGUACAAACCGCACGGGCGGCACAAGACGGCGGGGGAGACGGCCGAAGGCGCCCUGAUGAAACUGACCCAGGGCCUGAAGGACGAGUCCAUGGCCUACAUCUACCACUGCCAGAACCACUACUUCUGCCCCGUGGGCUUCGAGGCCACGCCCCUCAAAGCGGCGAAGGCCUACAGGGGAACUUUGCCCACGAAUGACACGGAGCACUGGAUCCUGAUCGGGGAGCCCAGCAGGAAACACCCAGCGAUCCACUGCAAGAGGUGGCUGGACGUGGUGACGGACCUCAACACACAGAACCCGGAGUACCUGGACAUCCGCCACACGGAGCGGGGGAUCCAGCGGCGCAGGACCAAGAAGGUGGGCGGGAACCUGCACUGCAUCAUGGCCUUCCAGAGGGUCAACUGGCAGAAGCUCGGUCCCUGGGCUCUGAACCUGGAGAACCUGCGCCACGACUUCCACCAGGAGCAGCAGCUCGCGGCGGAGCGCGGCCACGAGGGCGCCGAGGGGAGGAAGCCGCCCAAGCGCCUGGGCGCCCUGGGGCGUUCCCACAGCACGGGGAGUCAGAAAGACAGCGGGCGGAGACGUCCGUCCAACGCCGCGGAGCGGAGACAGCGGGCCCCCCACCCCGACGGCGACCUGGAAGAGGACGCCACGGGCUGACGGAGCGGCAAGUGCACGGUUCCACACUUUUGCUGCCCACAGACCGUGGUUUGCGCUCGCCGCGGUGAAGCAGGAAAACGGGCGGCGAGCAGGGCCGGCGUUCGGCACCGCACACCUGGAUCACAUCUGGAUUAUUGUAAUCUGUGCGCAAUUACAAAUAAUUCACUGAGAAAAACACUUGAAAAAAGUGGUUUUAAUAACUACAAAAUGACGAAAUCUAUAAUAUCGUGGCUUUCGGGGUUGAUGUCUCUCAAGACCUCAAUGAAAUGAAUUUAAAGCUGCAGACCAGUCAGUUAUAAAGCUUCAUUUAAUAUACACAUUUUAUUAUUUUACUUAAAAUGAGAUCAGAUCAUUUACAUUAUUAGAUUAUUUAUUAUGUAUUUAUAAUUCAUCCAGAUCAAUUUAAAAUCUGACAAUCUUUUGUUGACAUGUUGUUCAAUAAACGUUAUUUAGGUGUUGACUACAUACAGAUACAGUGAACUAGAUCAGAGCACAAGUUACAUUAUUCUAACAUCACGACGACGUCGCUUCAGGAGAUUCUCUCUAAAUGUAGGACUUAUUUUAUCGUAAGUGAAUGGAGCACCAGAGGACUCCAUCGGAGGUCAGAGAUAUAAAACGUAGAAACAUCCGUCGUUUGAUGCCGACGUUGAACCGUUUGUUUGGAGCCACUUUGAAACUCGCCGAAGCCACGGCAUUUUUUCAUUUUCUUUUAAACUCGUGUCCUUUUAAAUGUAUAUUAAGAUCAACCAAUAGGAGGGCGGGGGCGUUGCCAGAGGAGGGCGUGGCCAAGCACAAGAUCUGCUUGUAAAUAAACAAUGUUACUUUUUAUUGUGAAAAACAUUUGCUGUAAAUUCUGCUCUAAGACGAGAACUUGUGCAGGUCAGUAGACGUUUUGUUUGUGCUUCGUGAAACCGGUGCGACGGUAAAAUGAUUCGACGCGUGAAAGCUCAGAGUCGUGUGGUUUAUUUUAAUUUUUAUGUUCCCACGCAGAUGUCAUCAUGUGACGCGAUGGAGUGGUUUUAUUUAUUAUUUCCCGAUGAAUAAAGUUUUUUUUUAAACUCCUGGA